AGCAGUGCAUCACCUGGGAGGGGCGCAAGGGAGCCUCUCGUGUUUCUAGAGAGCAGCGCGGAGAUCAUUUGGGAGGGGCGCAAGGAGCCUCUGGUGUUCUUGGACUCCCUUAGCGAGGCCCACCUGCACUUUCUUGAAGGCAUGCUCAACUCCGAAGCUAAGCGGCUGUAUCCGGACCUGUUCCGAGCCUGGCGAGAAGAUCCGGCGAACUUCUGUGUGGAUGGGGUGUUUCCGGUGCACCAGCUGUGGGAUCAGGCCAGAGACACGUGGCGAGAGCUGCUAGAAAGCCCAGGCUCUCAGAUUUUGGUCGUCACACACAAGUCCCUGUUGAGAGCGCUGCUCUGCACUGCUCUUGGCAUGGGCCCUGACAAGUUCAGGGCAAUGGAUGUCAACAAUGGGGGCAUGUGUGUGGUGAUGCCCCCCUUUCCCUUCCCCUCCACCGGCUGCUCUGCUGCUAGCAGCGCUGCUGACAGUAUCCCUGGGAGUGGCCAACCGAGUGCCAUACAAUCCGAGACCCUCUUUCUCAUGCCCUCUUUCUCAUGCCCUCUUUCUCAUGCCCUCUUUCUCAUGCCCUCUUUCUCAUGCCCUCUUUCUCAUGCCCUCUUUCUCAUGCCCUCUUUCUCAUGCCCUCUUUCUCAUGCCCUCUUUCUCAUGCCCUCUUUCUCAUGCCCUCUUUCUCAUGCCCUCUUUCUCAUGCCCUCUUUCUCAUGCCCUCUUUCUCAUGCCCUCUUUCUCAUGCCCUCUUUCUCAUGCCCUCUUUCUCAUGCCCUCUUCCUCAUCCCAGUUCUCUCACAGGUACGCCCUUCCUCAUCCCAGUUCUCUCACAGGUACGCCCUUCCUCAUCCCAGUUCUCUCACAGGUACGCCCUUCCUCAUCCCAGUUCUCUCACAGGUACGCCCUUCCUCAUCCCAGUUCUCUCACAGGUACGCCCUUCCUCAUCCCAGUUCUCUCACAGGUACGCCCUUCCUCAUCCCAGUUCUCUCACAGGUACGCCCUUCCUCAUCCCAGUUCUCUCACAGGUACGCCCUUCCUCAUCCCAGUGCUCUCACAGGUACGCCCUUCCUCUUCUCGCGUGCAUGCGCCUUCCCACAUGUGCCUUCGCACAUGUGCCUUCCCCUUAACACCUGGCUUGUGAAUCGACUCGAAAGGCACAUGCCUGGAGUCCACAUCCCAGUGCUCUCACAGGUCACCUUCACUUAUCUCUUUCUCUACUUUCUUCAACCCUCUCUGCCGUUUUGCACCGCACACAACCUUGCCAUUCUGCAGGUCUUCCUGGUCACCUUCUCUUAUGUCUUCCUCGGCCGCUGCUACUCGCUACAGCAGCUUCUGGGAUGCUUCCUCGUGAUCGUGGGGGUUGCCGUGGUGGUGAUCACAAGUGGACCGCCAUUGCAUAUUGUAUCCACGUUAUUAGCUUCUCUGCUAGCUGCAACACCGAUCCAGUGGCCCCUCCUCUUCCUAUUGUCCACUGUUCUUCCAGCAGCAUCCUCUGUUCUUAAGGAGCUUGUCUUCCGAGAUUCGGCCAAGAAGCUCAACGGUCGCUCGUUGGACAUCUUUGUUGUCAACACCUUCGGAUCAGCCUUCCAGGUGCUCCCUCCUCUGCCCUUCGUUUUGCGAAUUCGCCCCUUCAGCCUUCCAGCUGACCCACUCUUCCCUCUCCUGCCGCCCUUCCCACCACCACAGGCGCUUUUCAUCCUCAUCCUGCUGCCGCUCAUCUCCUCUCUGGGGUACAGAAUCCCUCCUGCGCAGCUUCCAGGCUACUUCCGGGAAGGUGCCGCGUGCCUUCUCAACGUCAACCAGGCCGUACCAGCCUUCAACAUCUCGCUGCUGGCUCUUCCUGACUCCACUCCCCCCGUUCCCCCUCACUUCUUCAUUCUGCCGCCCUUUCCCCCUCGCCUCCAGGCUGUCAGGGAGCCCCACUCCUCCCGCUGCUCCCAUUCCCCCUUCCACCGCACCCCACCUUGCCGCUCCUCCCCGUUCCUCUCUUCUCUCUUCCCUUUCCCCAAUCUUACCAGGCUGCCAGGGAGCCCCACUCCUCCCGCUGCUCUACGUGGCAGCGAACCUAGCGUUCAACGUCUCCCUGCUGGCUCUGCUCAAGAAGUCGUCUGCAGUGGCGGCAUCUCUCUCCAUGACCCUCGUGGUGCCCCUGACAGUUGCUCGCUCGCAUUCACCUUCCCCCUGCCCUUGCGAGGCCCGCCCCAGCCCCUGAGGGGGGGCGUCGUGGUGGGGACCCUCGUGCUCCUUCUGUGGGCAUCGUUCAAAUCUCUCGUCCCAUAUCUCCCCUCUCUCUCUCCCCCCAGUGCCCCUGACAAUACUCGCAUUCACCUUCCCCCUGCCCCUGCGAGGCCAGCCCCAGCCUCUGAGGGGGGGCGUUGUGGUGGGGACCCUCGUGCUGCUUCUGUGGGCAUCGUUCAAAUCUCUCUGCCCCUGACAGUACUCGCAUUCACCUUCCCCCUGCCCCUGCGAGGCCAGCCCCAGCCUCUGAGGGGGGGCGUUGUGGUGGGGACCCUCGUGCUGCUUCUGUGGGCAUCGUUCAAAUCUCUCUUCCCAUAUCUCCCCUCUCUCUCCCCCCCCAGUGCCCCUGACAGUUCUCGCCUUCACCUUCCCCCUGCCCCUGCGCGGCCCGCCCCAGCCCCUGAGGGGGGGCGUUGUGGUCGGAACCCUCGUGCUGCUGCUGGGGCUGGCUGCUUACAGCCUUGCCAAUCCUGGAAGCACGGGAGGGGGAGGGGGAGGGGGAGUGAAGUUGGCAGGAGGCGGAAAGGAAGAAUAGUGCUGCUCCUGGGGCUGGCUGCUUACAACCUUGCCAAGCCUGGGGGAGCAAGAAGGGGAGUAGGAGGGGGAGCAGGAGGGGGAGCAGGAGGGGGAGCAGGAGGGGGAGAAGGAGGGAUCAGGGAAGGAAGUUGGCUGUGGGAGGAAGGCUCAGCCCCUGCCCCUGAGGGGGGACGUUGUGGUUGGAAACCUCGCGCUGCUGCUGGGGCUGCAAUAGACAGGACUCUCAAAUCUUCAUCUUCUCCCCCUGUUUCCCUGCCAGAUCUCUUUCUUGAGCUCAAUCCCCUCCCUUCCAUUUCAAUUCCUCCUCAUGUCCUACCAUUCCAGCUCCCUCCUCCCUCGUUACCUCUCCCCACCAUUUCCAAUCCCCCGCUUUCUUUUGAGUCGACUCAAAAGUCAACUCCUCAUGUCCUACCAUUCCAGCUCCCUCGUUACCUCUCCCCACCAUUUCCAUUCCCCCGCUUUCUUUUACCCCGCUCUCGUAUUCCUCCUCUUGACUACUGCUUUUGCCGUGCCAGGUUCAGAGCAGUGGAUAUCAACAAUGGGGGCAUGUGUGUGGUGAUGGCCAGCAGAUCCCUUUUCUUGGACCCCACCAUUCUGGCAUCCUCUUUCUUGUUCCCCAUCGUUUUCUCAUACCAUACCAGGGAGGUGAAGCUAGGAGGGCCGACGACCGCAGCGGGGGACGAAGCAGCUGUUCUCGCUCGCCCACAGCAUCGAGUAGAGCUCCUACUACUGGCGCUGCUGACAGUAUCCCUGGGAGUGGCUAACCGAGUGCUCUACAAGCUGGCGCUCAUUCCUUUGCACCGCUACCCCUUCUUCCUCGCCCAGCUCACCACAUUCGGCUAUGUGGCCGUCUAUUCCAUAAUCCUCCUCGCCCGCACCUCCCUCAAUAUAGUCACACCCGACAUGCUCUCUCUGCCUAAGCGCCCCUUCAUGCUCAUGGGGCUGUUAGAAGCAGUGGGACUAGCUACAGGAAUGAUGGCUGCUGCGCACAUGCCUGGGGUCCUUAUCCCAGUUCUCUCACAGGUCUUCCUGGUGUGGCAGCUCUCCCUAUCUUAUUUCUUCCUCGGUCGUCGCUACUCGCCCCAGCAGAUUCUGGGAUGCUUCCUCGUGAUCGUGGGGGUUGCGGUGGUGGUGGUCACAAGUGGACCGCCAUUGCAUCAUGUAUCCACGUUAUUAGCUUCUCUGCUAGCAGCAACAGCGAUCCAGUGGCCCCUCCUCUUCAUAGUAUCCACUGUGUUUCCAGCAGCAUCCUCUAUUAUUAAGGAGUCUGUUUUCCGAGAUUCUGCCAAGAAGCUCAACGGUCGCUCGUUGGACAUAUUUGUUGUCAACACCUUCGGAUCAGCCUUCCAGGCGCUUUUCAUCCUCAUCCUGCUGCCGUUCAUCUCCUCUCUGGGGUACAGAAUCCCUCCCGCGCAGCUUCCAGCCUACUUCCGGGAAGGUGCUGCGUGCCUUCUCAACUUCAACCAGAACAUUCCAGGCUGCCAGGGAGCGCCACUCCUCCCGCUGCUCUACGUGGCAGCUAACCUUGCCUUCAACAUCUCGCUGCUGGCUCUGCUCAAGAAGUCGUCUGCAGUAAUUGCAUCUCUAUCCAUGACCCUCACAGUACUCGCGUUCACCCUCCCCCUGCCCCCUACUGGGCCCGCCCCAGCCCCUGAGGAGGGGCGUUAUGCGCCCCUGACAGUGCUAGCGUUCACCCUCCCCCUGCCCAUAUCUCCCCUCUCUCCCCCCCCAGUCCCCCUGACAGUAGUCGCGUUCACCCUCCCCCUGCCCAUAUCUCCCCUCUCUCCCCCCCCAGUCCCCCUGACAGUGCUGGCAUUCACCCUCCCCCUGCCCCUGCUGGGCCCCCCCCAGCCCCUGAGGGGGGGCGUUAUUCUCGGAACCCUCGUGCUGCUGCUGGGGCUGGCUGCUUACAACCUUGCCAAGCCUCUGGUAACGAGGGGAGGAGGGACAGGGGGAUUGAAGUUGGCAGCAGGGAAGGAAGACUAG